AUGCGGAUAUUCGAAGUGGCAGUUGCCCAAGGCGUAAAACACUACGUCUGGGGUAAUAUCAUCUACCACACCAAGCUCGGCGGGUACAAUCCAAAGUAUCGGACCGGCCAUACCGAUGGGAAGGCUCGCAUUGGAGAAUGGUUCCUUGCCCAGAAGUUGGAGGACGUUACCAUCACACUCUUUACUACGUGCCCCUACGCCAAUAUGUUGUGGGAUGGCCAAUUCAAUCCGACAAAAAACGAGGAUGGUUCAUUCACAUUCUACUCUUCGAUUGGUGACGGCAUGGUUCCUCUCAUCGCGCUUGAGGAUAUCGGCCCCUACAUCGACUGGAUCUUCACCCACAGAGAGCGGGCUAGCAACUUGGAUCUCGACGUGGUGACCGAUAUUGUGCAAUAUCCCGCGAUUAUCUCUUCUUUUGAAAAAGUCACUGGGAAGAAGACACAUUGGAACGACCUUCCAUAUGAGGAGUUCGCGAAGAUACGCGGCAUGACGGACGAUAUUCCAGCUGCGUGGGCCCACACGACGGGCGAGUACAACGAUCCAAGUGGGAUGAGCGUCAAGGACAACUGUAAAGGAUGGUGGAACGUUUGGCGGGACGGUCUAUUUACGUGGGAUAAGGUAGAUGUGGACUUGUUAGAUGAAAUCCAUCCGGGCAGGAUCAGGGGCCUUGAGGAGUGGAUGAGCAAGGUUGGGUAUGAUGGAGAACGGAAACCGUUCCUGAAGGACAGGAUCGAUACUGGUCACCGCCUGAAAUGA